AUGGCGUUCGCCUUGAAGUUCCUCCAGUGGUUCGUCCGCGGAGUCCAAUUCGGCUCUUCGGCCCUCAUCCUCGCCAUCUUCUCCUACUUCCUCGCGACCCUGCACAACCACUCCCUGCCGAUAUCGACCUCGAUCCGCGCCGUUGAGGGCAUCUCGGGCGCCGCCACCCUCUACACCCUCAUCGGUCUGCUCCUGUUGUGCUGCCUCGCGGGUCACGCCUUCACCUCGUUCAUCGCCAUCGUCCUUGACGUCGCCUUCAUCGCCGCCUACAUCUAUGUCGCCGUCGCCAACAAGGACGGCGCAAACUCGUGCUCCGGCACUGUGAACACUCCCUUCGGCACUGGCCCCGCCGACGGUGAGCCGACGAACACCGGCAGCGACGGCUGGACUCAUCUGCCUAGCCUUCGCACCGCUUGCAAACUGCAGUCUGCCUGCUUGGCCGUCUCCAUUGUCGCGAUCAUCUUCUUCAUCAUCUCCAUCCUGGUCGAAGUCGCAUUGGCCCGCCACCACCGCAAGGAGAAGCGCUUUGGUCCAAGCCCUAAGAACAACUACACCUCGGGCUCCGGCGCCAAGUUCAGCUUCCUGAACAGCUUCCGCCGCCGCGGCCGCCAGAACACGGCUGCCAACGACAACGCCCUCCCUGUGCACACCAGCCCCGACCAGGUUCGGAACAGCUACGCCACGGAGACCACGGCCGUGGCUCACGAGAGCGGCUACCCCAAGUACGAGGGCGCCUACGGCAACACCACCACCGCUUCUGGCGGCGGCUACGGUUACGGCCACGAGAAUGGCACCACGGCGCCUCCUGCGGGAUAUCGCUACAACGACGGUACCUACGACAGAGUCUAG